CGGAGCUAUCUCGGGUGGGCAUGGGGGUUCCUGGCUUUGACCCAGCCCCGCCAUGGGGGUGCCUCCGUUUACCAGCGAAUGUGUCUCCAGGACCCAGCAGUGUCCUCUGUCCGCUGCCCUAGGCCCUUCCCCACCCCACCCUCACUGUGAGCCCCCAGCUCAGGAGUCAGGACCCAGGGCCCCUCCCUCCCGAGCGAACCUCUUCUGGACCAGCAGAGUCGACCUGAGAUCUCACUACCUCCAUGCGCGCCGCGGUCAGGAUGGGGGCCAGAGCUGUGCCGGGCCUGCGGCUGGCGCUGCUGGUGCUGCUGGUGCUAGGGACACCCGAGUCCGGGGUGCGGGGGCAGGACGGGCUGGACUUCCCCGAGUACGAUGGCGUGGACCGUGUGGUCAAUGUCAACGCAAAGAACUACAAGAACGUGUUCAAGAAGUACGAGGUGCUCGCGCUGCUCUACCACGAGCCUCCGGAGGACGACAAGGCCUCACAGAGGCAAUUCGAGAUGGAGGAGCUGAUCCUGGAGUUAGCAGCCCAAGUCCUAGAAGACAAGGGUGUUGGCUUCGGGAUGGUGGACUCUGAGAAGGACACAGCUGUAGCCAAGAAACUAGGACUAACUGAAGAGGACAGUAUCUAUGUGUUCAAGGGAGAUGAAGUCAUUGAAUACGACGGCGAACUCUCUGCUGACACCCUGGUGGAGUUUCUGCUUGAUGUCCUAGAGGACCCUGUGGAAUUCAUUGAGGGUGAACGAGAGCUGCAGGCAUUUGAGAACAUCGAGGAUGACAACAAACUCAUCGGCUACUUCAAGAGCAAGGACUCAGAGCAUUACAAGGCUUUUGAGGACGCCGCAGAGGAGUUCCAUCCGUACAUCCCCUUCUUCGCCACCUUCGACAGCAAGGUGGCAAAGAAGCUGACCCUGAAGAUGAACGAGGUUGACUUCUAUGAAGCCUUCAUGGACGAGCCUGUGACAAUCCCAGACAAGCCCAACAGCAAAGAGGAGAUUGUCAGCUUCGUGGAGGAGCACAAGAGAUCGACUCUGAGGAAACUGAAGCCUGAGAGCAUGUAUGAGACCUGGGAGGACGACAUGGAUGGAAUCCACAUUGUGGCCUUUGCGGAGGAAGCUGAUCCCGACGGCUAUGAGUUCUUGGAGACUCUCAAGGCUGUGGCCCAAGACAACACUGAAAACCCUGAUCUUAGCAUCAUCUGGAUUGACCCUGAUGACUUUCCCCUGCUGGUUCCGUAUUGGGAGAAGACGUUUGACAUCGACCUGUCAGCCCCACAAAUAGGAGUCGUCAAUGUUACUGAUGCGGACAGCAUAUGGAUGGAGAUGGACGAUGAGGAGGACCUGCCUUCCGCUGAGGAGCUGGAGGACUGGCUAGAGGAUGUGCUGGAGGGCGAGAUCAACACAGAGGAUGAUGAUGACGACGACGAUGAUGAUGAUGAUGAUGAUGACGAUGACGAUGACGACUAGUUGCUAUGGCAACCAUCUCCGUGCCCCAUCUGCUCUCCUCAGGCUCCCUCCCGCCUUCCCUAAAGUCCUCCAGGGAUACUAGGUCAUUUUCUGCUAUAGGGCCCCUGGGGCUUUUAUGCUGUGUGCUGAGACCCUGGUCCCCCUCACCUGAUGAGGAGAGGAGCUACUUUUCCCUACACAACAGCCCAGCUAUCUCAUCUGACUUCUGUGUCCUGUCCCACAAUGUCCUAUAUCUAUUAUGUUCCUUCCAUUACUCCCUAAACUCUUCCUUGUGAUUUUCCUCUUGUCAUAUCUCUGGGCCCCCCUCUCUCCUCUGUUCCCCCCACCUGUGCUUCCCCCACUUUCUCAAAUCCCAUAUCCUUGGCCAAGAGGAAGGGAGGGCCCUGUGACUGGGGCUGAAUCUCCACAAUCUUUUGUUAAUGUAUUUGGGUCAAACAGGAGGCCUCAAUAAAGGAUCUGGGGCAGCUGAA